CCAAACUACUUUAACUUGUGUAUUUAGACGUAAAGGAAAAAUAUAAAUUUAUAAAUUUUAAAAUAUCAAGUUAGUAGUGACUUACUUACUAUUUAUUGGAAAUCUCUCGUGUAUAAAGUAUAAAUCGGAAAUAAAGCACUUUGAAAAAUGCCGUCUGAUCCUGCCGAAGAAACAUCCGGGCCACAAGUGCCCAAGACGGAGUUGGAGGAGCUGCAGAUUGCCGCUCAAGGUGUAGCUGAUGAGUCGUUGGAAAGCACUCGGCGGAUGCUGGCUCUUUGUGAGGAGAGCGCGGAAGUUGGAAUGAGGAGCAUUGUAAUGCUGGAUGAGCAAGGAGAGCAACUUGACCGCGUUGAAGAAGGCAUGGAUCAGAUUAAUGCCGAUAUGAGAGAAGCCGAAAAGAAUUUAAGCGGAAUGGAGAAAUGUUGCGGCAUUUGUGUACUGCCCUGCAAUAAAAGUCAAUCGUUUAAAGAGGAUGAUGGAACCUGGAAAGGAAAUGAUGAUGGAAAGGUUGUAAACAACCAACCUCAACGGGUUAUGGACGAUAGGAAUGGAAUGAUGGCUCAAGCUGGAUAUAUUGGCAGAAUUACAAAUGACGCUCGAGAGGAUGAAAUGGAGGAAAAUAUGGGCCAAGUUAAUACUAUGAUUGGCAAUCUGCGCAAUAUGGCCUUAGAUAUGGGCUCAGAGCUUGAAAAUCAAAACCGCCAAAUUGACAGGAUUAAUCGAAAGGGCGAGUCCAAUGAGGCAAGGAUAGCUGUAGCAAAUCAAAGAGCGCACCAGCUAUUAAAAUAAAGGAAUCAUGAGCAAUUUAAAUGUAUAUAUAUCUAUUCAUUUUACAUUUCGAAUCAUACAUUUAAACAAGAUUUUUUCAUGCAACCAUUUAGUGCUCCAAAUGUUGUAAGAUCAAUUUUUAAGUUGCUAUUGUGAUACCAGGAAUACUAGUACUUCUGUAUCAUUAUAUUUUUACAAUUUAUGUAUCUUAAUACAUAUUUGUAGACUCAUAAACAAUUAUUAAUAAAUAAUGUAUUGUUGCCCAAUUUAACAAAGUAUUAUCUGCAUAAAAAGUAUUAUUACUAUAUACAAAUUGUUUUUAUUAGGUAGUUAAUUGUAAGCAGCGCGUAAGCAGAUUAAAUGUUGUGGAUAACUAUUAGUUUAUGUGCUGAUUAUAAUUAAUCAUCUUUAUAAAACUGCUCUGGCAAAUGUUAAUAGAUCGAUUAUUUUACAUAAGUUAUAAUGCUUUAAUUUACAUUUAAUUUGUAUAUAAAUAUUAUGCAUAAAUGGAACUAAGCCAACAAGAUACAUAUAAAAGUGAUAUCAGUAACGUUGUUUGCUCACUUCAAAAUGUUAUUGAAAUCGCUUUUAUGAGCCCUUUAUUCAGUUUAUUAGUAGUUAUUACAUAACU